CCUGUGAAUGCUGUAAGAUCCCCGCCAAGAGCUCUCCCUGGGCUUUAACCCCCCUCUCCCCCGGAGCCUGUUAACUCCUACGGGCCAGCGGGGCCCAAAGCCACCGGUCAUGUAGUUGAGGGGGAGUUUUGCCUGAGUAAGGAUUGAGGGAUUGGGCCCUUAGUGGGAUCGGUUUCGAGCAGCUGGCAGAAAAUCCGACGGGCCAAACGGCCAGCAGUGAGCGCGGGGAAUUCCGAAGGCUGGGAAAGGGGGGAGAACCAGCGGGCAGAUUCUUGGAAACGAUACCAGGGAGGGAAUAGAAACCGAAGCGGUUUGGUUGUAGGCAGUGUGCGCUGGCGAAGGGGAAGUGUUGAAUGGAUUAAGGAAGAAGUUCGGCCUUUUUCUUUUCGGUCUAUGGACUCAUCUGCUGUGAAGUGGUGUGAAUCUUUUAUGGAAAGUGAAGUGAGGUUUUUUACCCACGAAAGCUUAUGCCCAAAUAAAGCUGUUAGUCUUUAAGGUGCCACCGGACUCCUUGUUGUUUUUGUGGAUACAGACUAACAUGGCUACCCCCGAUAUUAAAUAAAAUGUGGGUGAUAUGAGCUAAGGAGAGAAGGACUAUGCGUGGGAUACUGACCGGAUGGGUGGGGUAGGCAGAAACAAGAUAUCUGCUUGGCUCUGACUAAAGUGAAACUUAAUUACAGUUCUGUCUGUGCUGGGACAAGGUGCCCUCCCUGCCAGUAAAAUUCACAGGAGACAGCCUCUAAGAGGAAAUAUGCCCUCAGGUCAAACCUGCCUAAGGCUAACCACCAUUUGCUUACAUACCUUUUAAACACAGUUUUCUUUUUCUGCACUAAGGGUAAAGUUAUGGUCACAGUUGUCAGUUAAAAUGUUCUAGUUAAUGUUUUCUAACAUGAGAUUUUCUUAGCUGAUAUGAACUGUAAGCUUUAUGGGGAAGGAACAAUGUACAUCCCCUUGGAGUUCUGGGGUCUGAAGAAAAGGGCUUUGCAGAGCUUUUGCACUCCAUGCCUGCAGGAAUGUCUGAAGCCUAUUGAACCAGUUUGUGGAGUCUGCCGCAGUACCCUGUCUCCUGGCAGUAGAGCUCUGGACCUGGAAAAGCAAAUUGAAAUGACAGAAACCACUUGUGAUGGCUGCAAUAAAAAAAUGUACCUCUCAAAGAUGCGUAGUCAUGCAGCUUCUUGUUCAAAAUACCAGAAUUAUAUAAUGGAAGGCGUUAAAGCUGUAACUAAAGACCCACCUCGUAACACCAGGAAUGUUCCAAAUCGUUUUACCUUUCCUUGUCCUUACUGCAGUGAGAAAAACUUUGAUCAGGAAGGACUAGUUGAACAUUGCAAAAAAUACCACAGCAUGGAUGCAAAACAAGUGGUUUGCCCAAUUUGUGCCUCGAUGCCAUGGGGAGAUCCAAAUUACAGGAGUGCUAACUUCAUGGAACAUCUUCAACGGCGACAUCAGUUUUCCUAUGAUACUUUUGUGGAUUAUGAUGCUGAUGAAGAUGACAUGAUGGCACAGGUUUUACUACGUUCCUUGAGGGAUCAGUGAACUAAGUGGGAGAUGAACUGUAUGAUACCAACCUUCCAUUAGGGGAAAAUACACAGCAUCCCUGACACCUGUCCCCUCUCAUCCCAAGAUGAUCCCACACAUCUGAAAAUAAAUAUGGAAGAUUUUUGAAGAAUUGCAGUUUCUUGGCUCCAGUACCUGAUCUCUCCAUACAUUACUAUGGGUCUUGUCUAUGUUAGUGGUCUCUUUGCUGCUGCUCAUCCACUUCAGGGUAGUUCUCUUGCUUCCUUCACUCCAAAGGCUUGACUACCCUUGAAACACUACAGCCGCAUAGCUGCGCUGCUGUAGCACUUCAGUGAAGAUGCUGCCAACACCAACAGGAGGGGAUCUCCUGUCCGUGUAGGUAAUCCACCUCUCUGAGAGGCAGUUGCUAGGUCAACAGAAGAGUUCUGUCAACCUAGCGUUGUCUAUACUGAGGGUUAGGUCAGCUUAACUAAAUCACUCGGAGGUGUGGAUUUUUUCACAUCCCUGAGCGACGUAGCUAGAUUGACCUAACUUUUUAAUGUAGACCAGACCUUAGACCUGGUCUGUGCUUAAAACUUGUACUGGUGUAGCUAUGUUAGUUAGAGGUGUGGAGAAACCCACAUCCCUGACAGACGUAGCUAUGUCAACAAAACUCCCAGUUUAGAUGCUGCCACGUUGACAUAAGAGUGCUUCUCUUGGCAUAGAGGUGGUGGUGGUGUUCCUAUACUGGCAGAAAAACUUUGUUGAUGUACACUGCAUCUCCACUAGCGGGGCUAUGCUGGUAAAGGCUCUGUAGUGUAGACACACAGCUUAAGUUUAGCCAGUUGUCUCCACAUUACUGCUGCCUGCUCUCAUUUUCCUUCCCCUGUCCCUGUAUCCUUCUGCUCUCUAUGUUCCUCUCUGAUUUCCUCAGAUCUCAUAAACAUUAUAAAGCUUCAAGAAGGAAUGGCCUAAAUUGACUGUUGAAGACUAUUAAAAACAAAACAAAAAACCACUUGAAAAUAUAUCUUCCUAAAUGUUGAUUGAGCAUUGGAAGCCAUUUUUGGUGAAUGGAAACUCUGAUUUUGGAUGCAACUGUCAGAAAUUGGUUUGAAUUUUAAGAUUACCUAAUACAACUAUGGACUAUACUUUCUUUUAACGGGGUUUCUAAUGCUGGUAGUCAGCCUAAAGGCUAUACGUAAUACAUUGUAAUAAGUAAUAAAAUAUUACUAAUACACAAUACAUUGCCUAAAUAAUGAGUCUUUAAAUUAUACACUAACAAUUCUGUGCACCUGCAUAAAGAACUGAUUCACCAUAUUUAUUUAGUUCAGCAGCUGCAUGUUACAUACUAGCAUAAAUUAUAAAUAACUGUAUUCUGGUGACAAAUUUCUAGCCUAGAAAGUAAAAGUCUGUAUUAAAAAGAUAGUUCUUACUAUUUAAAAAAAAAAAUCCACAGGAUGUAUUUUUCUUUGUAAGUGUUACGUCUAAUAUUAAUCAAUCUUAUGUGCUGUCUUGACAUUUUAUUUUUUUUAUGUCUUCGGCAUUGAUUUUCUACAGUUUGAACCAUUAAGCAUUAAAUGCAGCCUUUCACUGACAGAGGAAUUCAAAAGCAAAACACUUCACUUUUACCUCUGCUUUGUUUUUUAAACUAUAAAAUGUUCCUAUACAUUUUCAGUUGUCCUGUUCCUCAGGACAACCUGGGAGUAACAAAUUGGAUUGAUAAUAUGCAGCGCUUAUACCCACUCUGUACGCUUUAGAAAUUCUAGCAAUGGCUUGAACACCUGAUUUUAAAUUAGAUUUUCAGGUGUCUUUUGAAAUAUGUGAUUUUAAACAGGUGAAGCUGUACUUAGAAUAUGGUCUUCAUGUAAUGUGUAUAUACAGGUAUAGUUUUGUGGCGGACAGGUGGAAAGCCACACAACUCAAAUAUGUGGCACACAAAGGUACGGUGCAUUCCAUUUAAAAUGUGUGACUGUAACAUGCAAAUCAUAGUGUCUGUAAUUACUGUUUCAUAUGCAGUGACUCACUUGAUUUAUGAUGUCCCUUCUGUUGAUAGGUCAAGUGUAGCACUCCAACACUUCCCCAUGUACAUGGAGCCAAAAGCUUCAUUACUUCAUGUCUGUUGGGGGGUGAGCUUCAAUCUGAUAUGAAAGAAGACUAAAGCUGAUUUUGUUAUGUCUAAUGGUAACUAUUGCACUAAAAACUUCAUUGUCUGAAACUGAAGUAAAACUGCGCCGGGUCUGUGCUUUCAGAAUUGACUGGAUUUGCAUACCUAACUUCAGCACACGGUUAGAAUUACUUGCACAAAUUAAGCACCUAAAUGCUUGUGCAAUUCAGAACAUGCAAUUCUGAAAACUAGGGCCCAGAGUAUGUUUUAUUGAUGCAUACCCCAGGGAAUUAUUUUUCUAUAAUUAUGUAUAGUUUAAUCAUCUUUAGAGUCUUUGUCAACUGGCUGUAACUUUGAGACCAUGUAUUGAUGACAAUAGAAUUCAGACAUGUCAUCUAAUGACCUCUACUAGUGUAGUGGUUUAUGUCCAAGUGGUUUACUAUUAAUUCCAUUAAUGGCCAGCAGUUGAUAUUACCUUUCUAGAAAAUGCUUUUUGUUUUGGUUUAAUUUUUUUUUAAUUGAUAAGUUAGCACUUAGAAGCUUCGGAGGACUGGAGUCCCAUCAGCUAAGCCUCCUAUCUCUACUGGGUCUUUAACUCACUUUUUUGAACUGCUCUAAGUAGUGGUUUAAAGUGUUCCAGCUAAAAUGGUUUGUUUGACAUUUGGCCUCAUCCACACAGGCUGGGCAAGCUACGUUUAAACCAUUUUUAAAUUGAACUUUGUUUUUAAUAUGACUUUUUUGCUAAUUUGGAACAGAUCAGUAAUCUGCUUGACUUGUGUGUUGAAUUUUGAAGAGAGUUUCAUACAGUGCUAUGAAAAUAUAAACUACUAUGUAUUUUUGAUACUCUGCUCGGCAGAGAUGUUAACAUCUUUCAACACUUUUGGUGGAAGCUCCUAAUAUGGAAUUAUAGAAUUUCUAGGUUCUGGCUAGAACCCAAAGUCUUGUAAUACACUGACUGAUUCCAGAUUUCUGCUAGUAUUUAAGUGCACUUCCAUGUAAUUCCGAUAAGAUGUUUCAGAAAGCAUCUAAGCAAUUAAAUUGUCUUGUUCUGGCUUUUGAAGACAAGGUAUAAAUAAAUUUCAUAUAAUUUAUAAAA